UUUUAGGUUCCAUUCAGUAGCUUGCUUUCGCCCCAAAUGGGAAAGAAGAAGAAGAACACGAAGGAAACUGGUCAUGAAGGAUCCGACACCAAACACAGUCCUAAUACUGUGUUCGUCUCUAACUUGCCUCGCUCCUUCACUAACUCUCAGGUUUAACCUAACUGUAUAAAGUUGCUGGUCAAUGGAUUGGUUACUUUUUUAUGCGACUUUUCCUUUAUUUUAGCUUGAAGAGGUGUUUAGCGAUGUUGGACCAAUCAGGCGAUGCUUUAUAGUUGCACAGAAAGGGUCAACUGAACACCGUGGCUUUGGCUUUGUUCAAUUUGCUAUUAAAGAAGAUGCUAACCGUGCAAUUGAGCUGAAAAAUGGUUCAUCUGUUGAUGGUCAAAAAGUUGCUGUUAAACAUGCUAUAAGUCGUGCUCCCCUAGAGCAGCGACGGGCAAAGGCUGCUCAAGUGGUUGACUCAGAUGGUGCAAUUAAGUCCCAAAGUGAUGAUAUUUCUAAAGUAGACACUGAUGUGUCAAACUCAGAAAAAUCAGGGGAGCAUCUGAAACCAAGAAAGGCAGCGAAACUUUCCAUUGAACUAGCUGAUAAAGAGAAUUGUUCUGAAAAGCAAAGGGUUGCUAGGACUGUAAUAUUUGGUGGUCUUCUUAAUGAUGCUAUGGCUGAAGAGGUUCAUCGUCGUGCCAAAGAAGCUGGGAAUGUGUGCUCUGUAACUUAUCCUCUUCCUGAGAAAGAGCUUGCCCAACAUGGUCUUGCUCAAGAUGGAUGCAGAUUGAGUGCGUCUGCCGUACUUUAUGCAAGUGUCAAAGAAGCAAGGUUUUCUGUGGCAAUGUUACACCAAAAGGAAAUAAAUGGGGGAACUGUUUGGGCACGCCAGCUAGGUGGGGAGGGUUCCAAGAUUCAGAAAUGGAAGCUUAUUGUGAGAAAUCUUCCUUUCAAGGCUAAAGCAAGUGAAAUAAAAGAUGUGUUUUCAUCAGCAGGAUUUGUCUGGGAUGUAUUCAUCCCACAUAAUUCUGAAACAGGGUUAUCCAAGGGGUUUGCAUUUGUUAAAUUCACAUGCAAACAGCAUGCAGAAAAUGCCAUUCAAAAGUUCAAUGCACAAAUGUAUGGCAAAAGACCCAUGGCUGUUGAUUGGGCUGUUCCAAAGAAAAUUUAUAGUAGUGGAGCCAAUUUGUCUGUUGCUUCAGAAGAUGGACAUCAGUCUGAAAGUGACAGUGAUAUUAGUAGUGAUGAUUUAGAGGAGGAACAGGAUGAUGAUGGCAAUAUUGAUGAUAGGAAAAGUAAACAACAUGACGAAGUCAAUGUUGCUCCAGACAACUCAGAUUUGUUUGAGAAAAAACACAUGCCCACAGAAGUUGAUUUUGAUGCGGAGGCUGACAUUGCAAGAAAAGUUCUCCAGACUUUGAUGAAUUCUUCAUCCAAAGCUUCUGCUCCUUCUGAUGUGGAUGAUUCCAUACUGCCAAAGGGAAACAAGACAGAUGAAACUGUUGAUGUGCCAAGUAAGAAGUCCAAUAAGCAUGAAAAUUUUUCUGGUGCUUUCCUACCUGGAGACUCGGGCAAAAGCAGUGCAGCUGAUGUUAAGAAGACCGACACAGAGGAUGAUGAUUUACAAAGAACAGUUUUCAUAAGCAAUAUUCCUUUUGAGAUUGAUAAUGAAGAAGUGAAACAACGAUUCUCUGCAUUCGGAAAAGUGAAAUCCUUUGUCCCAGUCCUUCAUCAAGUCACCAAGCGACCGAGGGGUACUGGUUUUCUCAAGUUUGAAACAGAAGAUGCAGCUACUGCCGCAGUUUCUGCAGCUAAUAUUGCAUCUGGUUUGGGGAUUUUGCUAAAAGGCAGGCAGCUGAAAGUCUUGAAGGCCUUGGAUAAGAAGGCAGCUCGUGAUAAAGAAACUGAGAAGGCCAAAAUUGUGGAUAGCCAAGACCACCGAAAUCUUUACCUGGCAAAGGAAGGUCUUAUUCUUGAGGGGACUCCGGCUUCUGAAGGCAUUUCAGCUAGUGACAUGGCCAAGCGGAAGGCGUUGCAUGAAAAGAAGAUGAUUAAACUUCGAUCUCCAAAUUUUCAUGUUUCAAGGACCAGGCUUGUAAUUUACAACUUGCCCCACUCAGUGAAUGAAAAAAAACUGAAAAAGCUUUGUAUUAAUGCAGUUAUCUCACGAGCUACAAAGCAAAACCCUGUGAUUCGACAGAUAAAGCUCUUGAAAAGUGUGAAGAAUGGAAAGGUUGUCACAAAAAAUCAUUCUCGUGGGGUUGCCUUUAUAGAGUUCACAGAGCAUCAACAUGCUCUUGUGGCCCUGAGGGUUCUUAAUAAUAAUCCAGACACUUUUGGCCCGGAACAUCGUCCAAUUGUGGAGUUUGCUGUUGAUAAUGUUCAAAAAUUGAAGCUCCGAAAAGCUAAACUACAGGCUCAGCAGCAGGAAAGCCAUGAUGAUUUGGCAGAUACGCAGGAUGGUACUGUGUCCAAUGAACCGAGUGAUGUUCCAAGGAAAAAGGAGAAUUCCAGGAAGCGAAAAUCACGAGAUGAGAAAAAACCAGCAAAGAAUUCAGAACCGAAUAAGAACACAGCAGGAAAUGUGGUUUCUGAGGGAGCUUCCUCUGAAGAACAAAAAAGUUAUAAAAAGCGCAAGAAUGACUUGGUGAGAGAAAAAACAGAAACUGCUGCAAAUAAUAAAUUCAAUGGCAAAAAAAAGAAGUUGAAAGGCUCUGUGCACAAGCAAAAUGGUCGUCAAGUUGAGAAACCUGAUGCAAGUUCAAGCAAACGUGAAAUGACAACCAAAAAUACACGAGAAUCAAAAUCUUCUGAGGAAAAAGGUGUGAGGCUAAAAAAGAGGAAGCUGCCAGACCAGGCAGAACAAGGAGAAGAAAGUUUAAAGAAAAGGAACAGGCCAAAAAAGAAUAAAGACCCCGUAGGGCGAGAUGUAGUAGACAAACUCGACAUGCUGAUAGAACAAUACAGAUCAAAGUUCUCAAAGCAGAGUUCAGAGAAAUCUGAUGGCGAAAAGCAAGCUAAAAAACCGCUCAAGAGAUGGUUCCAAUGAUAGUUUUCUUCUUUUGAGAUUUUGUACUGCUUUCUGCUUUCUUUUGUAAAAAAUAUCGAGAUGCCUAUGCAAUUGCUUAAUUGUCUUGUCUGUCAGGUUAAAUUCAACAAUUUUGUGAACUUAAAGUGCAAAUUUUUGGGAAUUACAUCAGUUACAGCUCCUAUUUUCUUUGGAGCAUUAUGGAAGCAAUGUUCAUUUUUGGAGCA